CGCGAAGUGCCGUCGCCUUGCCCGCUGUCUCCGGUGUGGGUACCCUGUCCCGCACAGCUUUUCCAGGUGAAUCCACUGCUGGUCCCCUCCAUCUUGGUCUUCCAGGUCAUAUUCCUUAGCAUCUUUGAACCUUGAGAACUUGGGACUCAGAGACACACGUGGGUUGGUACCUAGCCUGAAGCCGGCAGCAUGGAGUCCCUCUUUCAAGCUUCCACACCCAGCUGGAAUGCCUCAGCUGCUUCCAGUGGUAACCACAACUGGUCACUGGUGAGCCCAGUGUCAUCGAUAGGAGCCCAGGCAGUACUGGUACCCGUUCUCUAUUUGCUGGUGUGCACGGUGGGGCUGGGUGGAAAUACACUGGUCAUCUACGUGGUGCUGCGGCAUGCCAAGAUGAAGACGGUUACUAAUGUGUACAUACUGAACCUGGCUGUAGCUGAUGUCUUGUUUAUGUUGGGGCUUCCCUUCCUGGCUACGCAGAAUGCCGUCUCCUACUGGCCCUUCGGCCCCUUCCUGUGCCGCCUGGUCAUGACGCUGGAUGGCAUCAACCAGUUCACCAGUAUCUUCUGCCUGAUGAUCAUGAGUGUCGAUCGCUACCUGGCCGUGGUCCACCCUCUCCGCUCAGCCCGGUGGCGUCGCCCACGGGUAGCCAAGCUGGCCAGCGCUGCUGUCUGGGUCUUCUCACUGCUCAUGUCUCUGCCACUCUUGGUCUUCGCCGACGUCCAGGAGGGCUGGGGCACCUGCAACCUGAGCUGGCCAGAGCCUGUGGAACUGUGGGGUGCAGCCUUCAUCACCUACACGUCUGUGCUGGGCUUCUUUGGGCCCCUGCUGGUCAUCUGUUUGUGCUACCUGCUCAUCGUGGUGAAGGUGAAGGCGGCAGGUGUGCGCGUGGGCUCCUCCCGGCGACGGCGCUCAGAACGCAAGGUGACUCGCAUGGUGGUGGUGGUAGUGCUGGUGUUCGUGGGCUGCUGGCUGCCUUUCUUCAUCGUCAACAUCGUCAACCUGGCCUUCACGCUGCCCGAGGAACCCACCUCUGCCGGCCUCUACUUCUUUGUGGUGGUCCUGUCUUAUGCCAACAGCUGUGCCAACCCCCUGCUCUAUGGUUUUCUCUCUGAUAACUUCCGCCAGAGCUUCCGGAAGGUUCUGUGUCUACGUAGAGGAUAUGGUAUGGAGGAUGCAGAUGCCAUAGAGCCGCGGCCAGAGAAGAAUGGGCGGCCGCAGGCCACACUGCCCACACGCAGCUGCGAGGCCAAUGGGCUCAUGCAAACCAGCAGGCUUUGAGUGCCCCAGCAGCACCCAGGUCCGGCCAGGCCUUUCUGAAGUUGUCUUCUGGGAUGUGAGGGGGCCGAGAUGCUCUUGUCCCCAGGUCUGCAAGUUGGACUCUUCUUGGUGGCAGUGUGAAGACAGCUGCCUGGGGCUAAGCCAUGGGUCGACAGACACCAUGGGUGUCCUGUGGUGACUGAC